AUGUCCGAAUCUGAUUCCAAAGCUGCGGAGAACACCAGAAAGAUCAAUGCUGCGCUAAAGAUUAUCAAGAACAAACCUGGAGAACCCAAAGAUCCUAAAUCCAACAUGGUAAGACCGGAUCUUUCCAUGUAUACUUUGGAGAAUGGCAUCAAAGUCUCAACCAAAGAUCGGGUUUGCAGCUCAGUGCGUCCUGUGGCAUUAGGUCUACCUAGCGAUCAAGAGGUUUUCCAAAACAACGGACUUCCUGACCACGCUUUCCUCAGAGAGCACUUUAGGCGAGAAGGACGACUCAGUGAAUUCCAAGUGCUCCGCAUCCUGCAAAUGAGCGCCGAAUGUUUAUCUAAGGAGCCCAACUUGCUACACGUGCCAGCGCCUGUAACGGUUUGUGGCGACAUACAUGGUCAGUACUACGACUUGUUGAAGCUCUUCGAGGUUGGGGGCGACCCGGAAAGUACACCUUAUCUUUUCUUGGGUGACUACGUGGAUCGUGGAUCCUUUUCUAUCGAAUGCUUACUUUAUCUGUACAGUUUGAAGCUAAACUUCGGUGAUCAUUUCUGGCUUCUUAGAGGUAAUCACGAGUGCAAGCAUCUGACAUCGUAUUUCACCUUCAAGAGUGAAUGCUUACACAAAUAUACGCUCGAAAUUUAUGACUCAUGCUGCAGCUCUUUCAAUGCCCUGCCCAUUGCAGCGGUUAUGAAUGGUCAGUACUUUUGCGUGCACGGUGGAAUAUCUCCGGAACUUAAGACACUGGAUGAUAUCAACAAGAUGAACAGAUUCCGCGAAAUACCCUCCCGUGGUCUCAUGUGUGACUUAAUGUGGGCAGAUCCCACUGAAACCUACGACGAAGACGCGGAUGAUCCGUCGGUUGGUACAUUUGCUCCAAAUACUGUGAGAGGUUGUUCCUUCGCAUUCACAUAUCACGCAGCUUGUGACUUCUUACAAAGAACUGGUCUUCUUUCAAUCAUCAGAGCACACGAAGCUCAAGAUGCCGGUUAUAGGAUGUACAAGAACACUGAAACUCUCGGUUUCCCGAGUUUACUAACACUUUUCAGUGCCCCAAAUUACCUUGAUACUUACAAGAAUAAAGCAGCAGUUUUAAAAUAUUCAAACAAUGUUAUGAACAUAAGACAAUUCAACAUGUCUCCCCACCCCUACUGGCUUCCAAACUUUAUGGAUGUCUUUACUUGGUCAUUGCCAUUUGUUGGCGAGAAAGUGACAGAAAUGCUGGUUUCUAUUCUGAAUGUUUGCACCGAAGAAGAGCUGGGAGAAGAAACUCUGCUGAUAAAAGAAGACGUCGAAAAACCCGAAGUAGCCUCUUCGCACGAAAAGGAUAUCGCAUCAGAUGUUGUCAAAACACCUAAACCCACAUCUUCCAUUUUAAACGACGAAGCAAAAAGAAGAGCGUUGCGCAGUAAAAUCAUGGCCAUUGCCAAGGUUUCUAGAAUGUACUCAAUUUUAAGAGAGGAAAGGGAAAAAGUGGAAUACCUCAAAACGAUCAACGCUGGAACUCUACCUAGAGGCGCUUUAGCGCACGGGCCGGAGGGACUGAAAGAAGCCCUUAGUACCUUCGAGAAAGCUCGUCGCGAGGAUUUAAUUAAUGAAAGGUUACCGCCUAAACUCGAAGAAGUCGGAAAAAAGAGGGAUGCUUAUUAUAAUAAGGUCAGUAAGGGCAACAAACAUGGACAUUAG